AUGAGCAUGGGAAUGGGAGCCAUCGGGGGACCUCCCGCUGGCAUGAACAUGAAUAUGAAUGGCGGUGCCCCCCCUCCUCGUGGUGCGCCCUCAAGCAACGAUAAGACGCUACUAAACACAUACAUAUACGACUAUUUCCUUAAGAACGGGUACAUAGAAUGUGCGCGGUCAUUAAUUAAUGAAGCGGAUAUAUCAACAACUCCAAACAGCCAAAGAAACAGUCCGUCGCGUCGAGCGCAAAAACACGACUCCGAUGGCAACGCUGUUAAUGGUGAUGAUAACGCGAUGGACACCGGCGAGGGCCCUAGUCAGCGAAAGAAUGAGGAUCCAGACGAUCCGAAUAAAGAUCGAGCAGAUGGCUUACCUUUACCAAAACUCCCCGCGAACUGUCCUCAGGGCUCGUUCCUGUUCGACUGGUGGUGCCUAUUUUGGGAUAUUUUUGGUGCCAGAAACGGUGUAGGAAAGAGUUCAAUCGCUGCAGGGUCCUACGUUACCCAGACACAGGCAACGCAAAGAUUCAGACAAGAACAACUGCUUCGUCAGAUGAAUCCCCAACAACAACACGCGCUCAUGACAGGGCAAGUACCCAGUCAAUUGAUGAACCUGGGCAAUCAGCAGUAUCGGAAUCAGAUGAUGCAGAUGCAGUCGGGGGUGCUUCCUAACGGAGCGAUGAACCAGGACAGUGCCGGCGGCGGCGAAAUGAGUAUGCAAAACAAAAAUCUGACACCACUGCAAAUUGCUGGUCUCAAGACUCAACAGCAUAUGAUGGUGCAAGCUGCCAUGCAGCGCGAAAGUGGAGAAAUUAAUGACAUGAACGGCCAGCAGCCACGGCCUCAAUCCCCGGCUGCUGGACAUAAUGCUGGAUCGCCAAAGAGAAUGCGAUUAGAAAAUGGACAGUACCAAGAGGUCGGGAAUGGUCGGGGUGCUCCGCAAGGUACACCACAGAGUGCCGCUUCUGCAUCCCAGGCACACCAGUUGCUCAUGGCAAAUGGGAUUGACCCAAAUCGAUUGACUCCUCAGCAAUUUCAAGCCUUCCAAGGCCAGAACCCAAUCACCCAACAAAAAUCAAUCCAGCUGUAUGCCCAGAAUUUGGCUGCACAUGCGGGUAGAGCUGUGACGGCUCUUCAAGGCGGCCCACCGAAAGGUAUGGCAAACGCCCAGCAGAACCCGCCACACGGCGCUCCCAUGAUGCCUCAGACCUCCGAGGGCGCUCCGCUAGGGAUGAGCGAUUUCUAUGCCACAACACCUGGUGGUAUGCGGGCUGGUGGCAUGGGAGCUGGCACUGGUAAUCAUGCUUUGCAAGACUAUCAAAUGCAACUGAUGCUUCUUGAGCAACAGAAUAAGAAGCGUUUGGCUAUGGCUCGUGCCGAGCAAGAUAGCAUCGCACAUCAUAGUGAUGGACAACGCCGAAUGGAGCAAGGAUUCUCUCAGAGCAUGUCUCCAAAUAGUCGGGCUGCUCCGUCGCCACAGACCCCAGGCAACCCGAAGAUGACAGGAACACCAAAAAUGCCAAACCAAGGCGGCCCAGGUUCGCCAAUGCCAGAAGGCCCAAUGCCUGGUCAUGUCCAACAACGAAACUCGCCAGCUGCCAUGGGCUUUAAUGGCCAGCUUCAACAAGGCGGGCAGCAAGAUAUGAUGUAUAAUGAAAUGAAAAAUUCAUUGGGUAUAAUGGGAAAUGCGAAUCCCGGUGGUGCACCUAAUGGUGGGACCAUGAUGCGGCCGCCAAGCUCCCAUCCGGGUUUCGCUGCUCAAAUGAGUCAGGUUGAAAUGAAUCAGAUGAAUGCAAACCUUCGUGCACAGGCCGGCCGUGGAGUACCAGUCGGAAACGUAUGGCAGCAGACACAGCAACAGCAGCAGCAAUUGCAGAUGCAGCAGCAGGCUCAGGUCGCUGCGCAGCAACAGGCCGCUCAACAGGCCCAGCAGCAGGCCGCUCAACAGGCCCAGCAGCAGCAGCAGCAGCAGCAGCAGCAGGCCCAGCAGCAGGCCCAGCAGCAACAGGCUGGAGGGCCGCAAUCUGGCCAGCCCCAGGCGCAGAUUGGCACUCCCCAACCUGCUAGGCAGAACCUACCUCAUCAAACGAUGCCUCCACCACCAUCGGUGCCACCAGGCGCACCGACCAACGCGCGCACUCAGCCAUCGUCGCCUCAGGUUGCAGUUCAACAACCACCGACACCAACACAAAGUCACAAGGCGAAUCCUAAAGGAAAGGCUGGAAGAGAAGCUGGGAAGAAGAAAAAUGGCGGUGCAGCUCCUCAACCAACAGGUCCAGUGGGAACCCCAUCCUCAGAACCACCUACACCAACCACCCCCCAACAUCAAAACUCCUUUUCGCAGAACCCGAGACCGGUCAGUUUUGCACCCGGACAGAACGUCGCCGGCCAACCUCCUCAGCAGCCGACCCCUAACCCAGCUCACGCCGCACCACCGGCACCAGUUCCAGGGCCGGCUGACGUGGGGGCAGGAUUUUUGGGGGGUGAAGGUGACAUCAAUCUUGAUUUCGCUGGUUUCCCGGGCGACCCAUCGGAUAAUCUCUUGGAUACCUUUGAUUUCGAUUCCUUUUUGAACACCGAGGAUACCAACGGAAGUAUCGGGCUACGUCUCGUAAUCUGGAGCCUGGCUGGUGGUCCUCUAUAA